AUGUCUGCGAGCUUUGGUGGUGGUGGUGGUGGUGGCUUCAAGCCCUGGGCAUCACCAUCAGACAGGAACAGCAUCAUCGGCUUGUGUGUCGCACUCGCGUUUAUCACGGCGAUUUGUAGACUGGUUCGCAAUUCGAGGGCGGCAACGAAACCGCAGGCUAAUGCUGGUGCCGGAUCGCGAGAGAAGCCAGUUCCAGAUGGCCGGCUGACCAAGAUGGAGAUUGAGCCCUUGGAGGAAUUCGACUGGAAGACAACAGAGCCCGUCAGGUACCUGCCCAUCAAGCCGGUAUUCCACAUCACCAUGGCCCUUCAGCAAGACACGCCCUCCAAUCUCAUCACCAUCGACAGCGACUAUCUCGACAGAGUCACCCUUCGGCGCAGUCUCAUAGACGAAAAGGGUCACGCAGUCCAUGGAUGCCUGCCGCGAGGUAAGGAGGCCGUGACAGAACUAUACGCCUACCUCUUGCGAGACUACUUGCCCGCCCGAUAUCCCACAAUGUUCAGACUACGCCCCGACGGGACCAUGUUCGAAAACACUGUGACGGGUAAAACAUUUCCCACCCAAUCGCCAGACGAUGCAGACGCCGCGCUGCGAUCACUGGGUGAAACAGUCGAGGAGGAUCUGUUCCUCUUGCACGAGACCCCGAAUGGCCAUCUCUGCGUGGCAUUCAUGUGCUGUUUCCCUUCCGGCUUUGAUCCGUCCAAGAAGUUCGGCAACUUGCUCAAAGACAUACACGCUCCUGUCCCGGCCUACUCCAAGAUCGAAGCGAGCAUGGAGCGGUUCUUCAGCAAGCUUCAGGUCGGCAAAAGCGUGAAGCGGUUAAAUUGGUCCGUUCAAACCCACAACAACCUGUAUGCCCUUGAAAAUCACAUCAAAGACAACGCGGCGGAGGUUUCUCCGCAAGACACCGUGGAUAUAAACCAGACAUAUUUCCGAGUGGAGCUUCAAACCCUGACGCGGCUGCCCCGGACGCAAGCGGUUUUGUUCUCGUUCAAGACCUAUCUGUACGGCAUUCGACAAAUCAAGGAGCAAGGGUCGGGCCCGGAGCUGGCCGAUGCUAUUGAAGGCUUGCAGUCGGGAAACGCACCGGGUAUGUGGAGAUACAAAUCAGCAGUUCGAUGGGGAGAGCCGGUUUGCGACUAUCUGCGGUCAUGA